GUCACUGUCUAACGGAGACAGGGACAGAGGAAGCCCGGGUACCGCUAACAACGGGCAGGGGAGGCGUAGGAUCCUUUUCUCCCACUUUGACCUAACCGACCCCCGGUACAGAGAGACGAAAAUCAUGGGAGAUGUUCUAGGACUGAUGUGGAGCAGCAGCCGCAGAGAAAACAACCCAAUUACUGUCGGAGAAAAGGAAAUAUAAUCGCUAACAUUUACAAACCACCAAACACGUCGGGCUCCUCUUUCUCCAUCUCCUCCAUUUUGGUUGUCAGUGAUGGAGCACAUCCGGACGCCCAAGGUAACGACUCCCAAGCUCUUCAUUUAACCCCAGGGAAAUAUAUGUUCCUUUGUACCAUCGCUGUUUCUCUUCUGUUGGUUUGCCUUUGCGUUUUUUAAUCAUUUAUUUAUUUUGUCUGUGUAUCAUCUCUCCACCUCACCCCUCUCUGCUCCGUUAGAUGGUUUAAUGUUGAUACACGAGGGUCAGGAACCUAAAACUGACACCUGACUGUCAUUAACAGGGGCACGCCUAAAAGGUGUUGUGGGGUGGUUUGAGCCCCUUAGUAAUCUAAUUGGCCACCCCAGGUGAUCCCUAUAAAAUCAUCAAAGUUGAUUGGCUAUUUUCUUCAUUAGAGGCGGGGCUUGUUGUAAAUUAAAUAGAAGGUGGGUUUACAUGAGCACUAUAUGCUAUUCUGAUUAAAAUCUUGAUUGAAAAUCUAGUGUCAUCUGGAGUCUGGUCAGGUCCAAUCUGGUGAUAACGAAGGCACAGCAAACUUAAAGGGAUAGUCCAUUACAGACUACAGCGGGGUGACGCAGCUCAAGGAAGAACAUUUAUGAUUUUAUAAUUUAUGAUCAUUACUUAAUGGAAAUACAAUCAGCCCAAGAUGCUAAGGCAGAAGAACUACCGCGUCUGCAGUGUAAAACAAUUAAUAUGAUGGUUAUUACCUCAAGGAAAUGAUAAAGAAAUGAUCAUAAAUGUUCUUCCUUGAGCUGCGUCACCCCGCUGUGGUCCGUAAUGGACUGGCCUGAGGUCUUGUUACAAACAAGCGGCUGCUGGAAGAGAGCUCGUUAUCAAGCUCUAAAAUGGCUUCAUAACGAGCCGAUCAUUUGAAUCAGGUGUGUUGGAGCAGGGAAACAUCCAAAACAUGCAGGACAGGGGGGCUCCAGGACUGGACUUGAGAACCACUGCCGUAGGCGGAGAUAAAAAGCCAUUUUUCCCGGUGUUUUUCAGUCAGUUUCUUAUAUCUCUCUCCUUUAUGUAACACUACUUUGGGCACACGAUAAAAGCUCUUGUUUUUUUCCCUGUUCGAUCGAUUCAUGCAGCCGUAAACAGAGCAAAACAUCGGCAUGUUGCUGGUCUCCAUAGCAGCACCUCACUUCCUGCCCUCCAUCUGUGUUUCGCGCGUGCCGCAUUACAUGGAAGUGACGUCAAGUGAAAACCUCCUAUUGGUCAUCUGUCUAUUGUUGGGACUGUUUGUUGUAGUUAUUUGUAAUACAGAGAACAUGAUUGUUUUAUAUGUUAACUGAAAAUUACAAAUAAAGUGUUCAAAAUAAUAAUAAUAAUUCUGGUAUUGGUCAGGCUGUAGAGAAAAAGGAGUAUUUGCCAUUCAGUUUAAACACAAGGUCUGUAGAAAAACCCUGAGUCAGUGAAUGACUUUCAUACACAGUUUCAGUGCUGAGUCAUGGCAAGCCGAAACUUCCUUUCUGAUCCAACAUGCUCAUAUUUCUGUCUCUGAUUUUUCACCUGUUUUCUCCCCGUCAGGUGGAAAAUGUGCGUCUCCUGGACCGCUCGACGGGCCAGAGGAAAGUCAGCGUUGGGACUCUCUACCUUUCCGCCACUCACACCAUCUUCGUCGAGAACAACCCUGAAACACGCAAGGAGACUUGGGUAAGGUGGAAGCAAGGAGCUGUUUCUGAAAGCCAGAGGCGAUGAAGUAUUUUUAUAACCCGGGUCCUAUUUUUACAUGUAAUGAGUUCUAACCGAGUCAGUGGUCCAGAGAGUUUGCAAAACACACUCCUGAGACAGGCUGUGACGGCUGCACUGUAAAAUCCAACAACUCAUUUAACUGAUCAGAAAUGUUUAAAAAUUUAGUGUUUUUAGUGUUAAUUUGUCAGUCAUGAUCUUUCCUUUACAACAAACAAAACACAGAGCAGCUCAUGGUUAUAGUCAGCUGAGUACAUAUUCUUACUUAAGUGUCCUUGAAGCUCCUGUGAAGAGUUCUGUUGUCUCUUUAUGAGCUACAGAGGUAAAUGAGAACAUAAAGAAGUGUUUUCAAAGGGAUAUUCCAGCGUUAAGUUAAGUUAAGGUCAAACACACUGUAACACCGAGUUAGACACCCCCUCCAGAGAUAAUACACAGCGGUCUUAGGAGCCAUUAACAAACCUCAACCAAAACACCACUCUAUAGCCACAAAUAAUGCUCAGAACAGCACCUAACUUCAUCACCAGGACAUAUAGGGUCACAGACAUAGUACUAGACACCAAACAUCUUUUUAACUUUGACUCAUUUCUUUAGCAAAGAGACUAAACACAACUCACCUACUCUCUUCCAGUAGCUGCUUGUUUGUAGCGAGACCUCAGGCCAGUCCAUCACGGACUACAGCGGGGUGACGCAGCUCAAGGAAGAACAUUUAUGAUAAUUUCUUAAUCCCUGACGAGUCGAUCACCGAGUGCAGCGGAUCAUUUCCAUGAAGUAAUAAUCAUCAUAAUAAUCAUUUUGCUCUGCAGACGCGGUCGUUCUUCUGCCUUAGCGUCUCGGUCUGAUUGUGUAUCCAUGAAGUAAUGAUCAUAAAUGUUCUUCCUUGAGCUGCGAUACUCCGCUGCACUCUGUGAUCGACUCAUCAGGGCUCUGUGUGUUGCUAUCCUGCGGUUGAUGCUAAAGUUGGUAUAACUAGAAAAGCAAGCAGUCGGCAACAGUCAUCUCUAGGGGGGGGAUGUCUAACUCUUUGUUCUGGUGAGUUUGACCAUAACUUUAUUUUAAGCUGGAAUAUCCCUUUAAUGCCUGAACUUGCUGCUCAGAGGAGAGUUUAGGCAUGAUGGUUUACAGCACGCUAAAGAUACAGCCGUUUUUUUACAUUUUUCAUGGCAAGAAUUGUCAGAUACAGAGUUUCUCGAGUUUAUAAAAGAAAGAUGGAUGCGAGAAUAGUCAGAAAAGAGGAUGUUUUUAUGUAAAGAGUAAACAAAAGGGACUGUUUUGUCCACAGGGGCGCCUAAAGUGAUAUCUGGAGCAUUAAACUCGUCCGGUUACAGAAACAGCUUUCUAUUUGAGUUUGCGUCAUCACGAUUUCAUUAAACGACCCUUGUAGAUAAACUGUUUGAUUGUGUUUCUUCUCUGUCAGAUAGACAGCUGAUUGUGUCGUCAGUGAAUCGGUCCUCCUCUUUUGUACGUAUUUUAAAAAUGCGUAGCAGCCAGAGCGACAGAAUCAAACGUGCGUCAUCGAGUUGGUCAUGUUCAUGCUUCAUUAUGAUCUUAUCCAAGCAGAGAAAAACCCUUAUUCUGGGUGAUAUUCCUUAUCUCCUAAACCCUCGCUCCAGCUCAUCACUGUGAAAAUAAUGUGACUUUGCAGUCAGUAAGGAGAGAUACCAAACCCCACCGCUCCCCACCCCCUUUCACAUCUCCAGGAGGAGGUGUAGGGGGAUGCUGCCCACUCCCUCUGGACCUGACGAGAUAAAACAGACAUCCAGGGGGUUUCAGAUUUCACCCGACAGACUCUGACCGUGUCCGCUGGAUUAGCAGGAACAAAGAAGAAUGAAACCAAUUAGACUGUGUUAAAGAAAAACCAGGAUACUAGAGAGAAAAUCCACUUCCUCUUCACCACUGCAUGCGGAACAGACCCUGAAGCUUCCCCAUAAACGGAUGAGGACGAUCCUUCCUGAUUUUUUGAAGAUCACAAGACAGAUUACACAACGAAGCGGCACGAGUUUGUUGGUUUCUGUGUUAUAUCGCUGACAGGAAUCUGACCUCUGGACUUUCAGCAACACUUUUUAAACUAUUCAAGAAGUGGAUCAUUGUGUGUGUUUUUGUGUGUUUUUGUGUGUGUCAGGUUUUGCACAGUAUGGUGAGCAGCGUGGAGAGACCGCCCACAAUCCCAGCGGGGAGUCAGCUGAUCCUGCGUUGUAAAGACUUUAGAGUCUACCAGAUCCUGAUUCCACAGGAGAGAGACUGUAUGGACGUCCACGCCUCUUUGGUCCGGUUGUCACGACCAGGUGUGUGAAACGGUGAUUAAACGUGUGAGAGAUAGAAGAACACACACAACUCUUUCUGAGGGUGUCAGGAGCAGGUGUGUCUAUUUUACAGGAUGUAAAGCCUGUAAAAAUACUUUUCUCUCCUCUCCUUUCCUCUCCUCUUAUUUCUUCCCUCUUUCCUCACCUCUCCUCCUCUCCUAUCCUCUCCUGUCCCCUCCUUUCCUCUCUUCUCUACUCCCCUCCUCUCAUCUCCUUUCCUUUCCUUUCCCCUUCCUCCCCCCUCCUCACCUCACCUCACCUCUCCUCCUCUCCUAUCCUCUCUUGUCCUCUCCCUAUCUCUCUUCUACUCUCCCCUCCUCUCCUCUUCUCUUAUCCCCUUUCCUUUCCCCUUUGUCCAUUCCCUUCUCCUCUCCUUUCCUCUCCUUUUUUCCUCUCCUUUCCCCUCUCCUCUCCUCUCUUUCUCCUCUCAUCUCCUUUCCUUUCCCCUUCCUCCUCUCUCCUCUCCUUUCCUAUCAUAUCUUCUCCUUUUCUUUUCUCUCUUCUCCUCUCCUCUCUUUCUUCUCUCUUACCCCUUCUCUCUCUUUUGCUCCCCUCUCAUCUCCUCUCUCUCUCCUCUCCUCUGCUCUGCUCUCCUCUUUUCUCCUUUUCCCUCCUGUUCUCUCUUCUCCUCCCCUCUCCUUUUCCCGUCUUUCCUUUCCUUUCCUCAUUUCUCCUUUUCCUCUCCUCUCACCUCCUUCUCUCCUCUCCUCAUUUCUCCUCUCCUCUCCUUUCCUUUCCUCUCCUCUCCUCUUCUCUUCUCUUCUCUCCUUUCCUUUCCUCUGCUCUUCUCUUCCUCUUCCUCUCCUCUGCUCUCCUCUCCUCUCCUCUCCUCAGAGAAGUACAGUGAGCUCUACUGCAUGUCCUUUAACCCCAACGUGAACAAAGAGGAGAGGGAGGACUCAUGGAAGCUCAUAGAUCUCAUGGCCGACUACAAGAGGAUGGGGGUUCCUAAUAACCUCUGGGUCUCCACAGCAGCUAACAGUGAAUACAGGGUGAGUCUCUUUGUGACAAAGUGCAAAUCUUUCAUAUAAAUAUACGACUAAUAGAAGAACACAGACACAAAAAUCAACGUUCACUGGUUUGCAAAUCAUUAAAACCCAUGAAUAUCAGAAAAGAGCCGAAAUAAAACAUGAAAAAUAAAACUUUUCACAUGUUGAAACUGAAAAAAAUUGUUGUUUUGAGUAAAAAUAAGAUUGGAUAGAACGUUAUUGAUCCUUUUGGGAAGGUUCUGUCAGGGAUUUUAUGAUUUUAGGACUUCAUGACUGGUAUCUCGACUGUCCUCUCUCAGGUGUGCGACACUUACCCGUCAGAGCUGUUUGUUCCAAAGUCAGCCACGCCGGCCAUCAUCGUAGGCAGCUCGCGGUUCAGGAGUCGAGGACGGUUUCCUGCUCUGUCCUACUUUCACCAGGACACACUGGUCAGUGGGACACACAAAAAGACGGCCAAUCACAAAAUUAUAAACACACACGACAGAAGAUCUGCUAACUUUCCCCUCUAGUCAUCGUACAGCUGAUGAUCUCGUCCCCGAAAAGCAGAAACAGUAAUAACAGAGAUGUUUAUCCAUCACUCAGGCCGCAGUGUGUCGGUGCAGUCAGCCGCUGUCGGGCUUCAGCGGACGCUGUCAGGAGGACGAGAUGAUGCUGCAGGCUGUGAUGAAGUCGAACCCGGGCAGUGAAUACAUCUACGUGGUGGACACCAGGCCCAAGGUAACACACACACACACACACACACACACACACACACACACUCUUUUCUGCAACCAACGAAUACGAGCAUGAAAAAUAUUACAGACAAAUGAAUACUCGGCUUAAAAUAGUCUCAUACAUAACUGUGUGUGUGUGCGCGCGUGUGUGUGUGUGUGUGUGUGUGUGUGUGUGUGUGUGUGUGUGUCCAGCUGAAUGCCAUGGCAAACCGAGCAGCAGGUAAAGGCUACGAGAACGAGGACCACUACACCAACAUCAAGCUUCAGUUCAUCGGCAUCGAAAACAUUCAUGUGAUGAGGAGCAGCCAGCAGAAAAUCAUUGAUGGUGAGAAGAGUGUGUGAAAGUGUGUGUGUGUGUGUGUGUAUUGGAAAAGUGUAGUCAGACCUCAGGGUAUAUCACGCUUUGUAAGAAGUGAACAAACAAACUGAUUUGACUUCACCUGUUUGUAAGAGGUUUGGAUUAAGGGUCAAAAGUACAGCAACCUGCAGGGGUCUGAAUGAUUUUCAGAAAGGGAAACUGCAAAUACUCAAACUGUGCAAAUUUAUAAACUAAUGUCAAAGUCCACAACAGCUGCAGCAUUCAUUCAUACUUGGCGGUGUGUUCAAAUCAAGAAAUCAGAUUUGUCCUCUUUUUUGGGGGGGCUGUCCGGCUUUGUCUGAGGGAGUUUAUGAAAUCCUUCAAAUGUCUGGGUUUUGUAAGGAAGUUUGGAGUUUGUGUCGAGUGGACUUACCGAGUUAGACACGUGUAAAAAACACUCAAAGCCGUAAAACUCUCAAAAUUAACUACGCACGACUUUGUGACUCCGCCCCCGUGUAGUCGUGUCGUCUCUUUUUGGGGAUUCAGAAUAUGGUGACCUUAGCCUGAAAACCAAAACAGUUUUCUAAAUCAGGCUGAAUUGUUUUUAUUUCCUCAGGUUUGUUUUUUUGUCUUUGGAGCCUCAAGAGGACAGUGUAGGAACUGCAGUUUCUUUGUACUUCCUCUUUACAUCAUACUUAAACAUCAGAGUUUGCUGCCCGCUUGAAACUCGUAUUUUUUUAAGCUAUCUUAUAACAGUUAAACAGUUUUGUUUCCUGUUAGUGUCUUUUGUAAACCCUCUCUUUCUUUAUCUCUCUCUUUCUCUCUCUCUUUUUCUUCCUCUCUGUUCAGUGGGCGAGAUGAGAGCUCCGUCUAUGACUGACUUCCUGUGGGGUUUGGAAAACUCCGGCUGGUUGAAACACAUUAAAGCCGUUUUGGAUGCCGGAGUCUUUAUCGCCAGGGUGUGUACACAUGAUGAAGCAUGAAGCACGCUGGUAGAUAAACUACGUUAAAAACUUCACAGUAUUAUAUUUACAUAAUUUCUGUUCGUCUCUCUCUCUCUCUCUCUCUCUCUCUCUCUCUCUCUCUCUCUCUCUUUCAGGCAGUUGCAGAUGAAGGUGUCAGCGUGUUGGUCCACUGUUCGGACGGCUGGGACAGGACAGCUCAGGCCUGCUCUGUGGCCAGUAUCCUGUUAGACCCCUUCUACAGAACCCUGAAAGGCCUCAUGGUAACACACACAGACGCACACACACACACACACACACACACACACACACACACACACACAUGCACAGACUCUUACUCUGUAAUCAGUUACAGUUUUUAUUUCCUCCUCCUUUUCCCCUCUUCGUUCUCUAAACUUCAUGUUUCCUGUUUUUCUCUCCCGCCUCUUCCAGGUGCUGAUAGAAAGGGACUGGGUUUCUUUUGGACACAAGUUCUCCCACAGGUCAGUAAUGUGGAGAAAAAAAAAUACUGAAUGAUAGUUAUUUUUUUGAGUUUUAAUUUGUUGAAGAGGAAAGGAAAAUUCAGUCUCCAAAUGUCUUUGAUUGAGAUAUUAGUCGUCUUAUAAUCAGGGUUGUCUGAUAUAUAGAUCAGGCAGUUCCAAACAGUGAGACAAAGCGGUGUCCCUGCAGGUAUGCUCACCUGGACGGAGAUCCCAAAGAGGUCUCCCCGGUCAUCGAUCAGUUCCUGGAGUGUGUGUGGCAGCUGUCCGAGCAGUUCCCGUGUGCCUUUGAGUUCAACGAGCGCUUCCUCAUCGCCAUCCACACGCAGGUCUACUCCUGUCAGUACGGGACCUUCCUCUGCAACUGUCAGAAGGAGCGCAGAGACAUCAGGUAGGACACACACACACACACACACACACACACACACACACACACGUUUAUCAGAGAUCUUAAAGAGAUAUUCCGGUAUAAAUUUAUGUUAGACUCCCCCUCCAGAGAUGAAUGUUGCCGACCGCUUGCUUCUCUAGUUAUACCAACUUUAGUAACGACCGCAGGAUAGCAAUACACGGUGGUCUACAUCUCCACAUGCAAACCUCAACCAAAACGCCACUCUAUAACCACAAAUAAUGCUCAGAACAGCACCUAACUUCAUCAACAGAACAUAUAGGGUCACAGACAUAGUACUAGACACCAAACAUCUUUUUAACUUUGACUGAUUUCUUUAGACUAAACCCUGACGAGUCGAUCACAGAGUGCAGCGGAGUUUCGCAGCUCAAGGAAGAACAUUUAUGAUCAUUUCUAUAUGGAAAUGCAAUCAGACCAAGACGUUAAGGCAGAAGAACUACGGCAUCUUUAGUGCAAAAAUGAUUAAUGUGGUGAUAAUUACUUCAUGGAAAUGAUCCGCUGUACUCGGUGAUCAACUCGUCAAGGCUCCCCCCACAAACAAGCGGCUGCUGGAGGAGAGUGGGUGAAUGUUAGAUAAAGAAAAUCAAAGAUUUAGAGUUUGAUUUAACUGUAAUUACAAAAGUACAGUUACAGUCUAUAAUAAAAUGACUUUCAUGUGUUAAACUCCUCCCAUUAAUACUAGAAAUAAGACAGUAUUAAGAUGCCGACUUAUUGUGAGUUCAUAAUCAAUUACAAGAAUCCGGAUGGGGGGGUUUGGCACAUGAGGGACUUGGGGCUCCAGGGCUGUAGAGGCUUUUAUUGUCUGUGAAUCAAUAUAAAAAAUCAUGACUUUUAAGUGUUCGUGCCAAACUCUGAUGACCAUCCAGAGAAGAAUUAUCAAUAAACACAUUUCCCCAUUUCACUCCUGAACCUCUGACUGUAUUUCUUCUUCUUCUUCUUUUUUUGUUGCGUUGUCGUCGAUGUGUUCACCACAGGCUUCAUGAACGGAGUCACUCUGUGUGGCCUCAGCUGUGGAAGGACCGAGCCGAGUACACCAACCCUCUGUACAAGGCCGAGCAGAGCCAGAGUCAGGGCAUCCUGAGGCCCAACACCACCCCCUACUGCUUCAAGUGAGUCACUGCAGCAGCCACACGCACACCCCGAGGACCCUGAAGAUCAACUUCAAACUGAUGCCAUUGGAAGAAGAUACAAUACUGAUUUAAAGUACCAUUUUAAAAACUCUGAUGCUACUCUAGAAGGCGUUAAACAGCAUUUAUCGUCCUGCAAUGACUUAAAAAUGUACAGUUUUAAAGAUCUCAGUCAUCGGUUUAUUGUUUAUCUCUCCUCGUUCCCAGGAUGUGGAAAGGCCUCUACAACCACAUGGAGAAAUCUACGCCUCCUCGCCAGUCGCCUUCAGACUACCUGUCUACAGUGAAGGAGGAGACCCAGCAGCUGGAGGAGGAGCUGAUUAAUCACCAGGAGGUACCGCCAGGAGGAACCGCUCACCACCACCACCACCCGGGCUCCAGACAAGGCAUACAACACACAGAGACACUCCCUGAUACCACACCGACACGACUCCAAUACAACAUCCACUGAGAACCUACGUGUUCGUAGGUUUUUGAGGGUUCGCAGUUUAAUCCAGACCUGCCAGCACUCCCGUUUUUCCCAGGACUCUCCCGUAUCUCAGACCUGUCUCCCGCCCACCUCCCGUAUUAUCAUUUCUCCCAGGAAUCUCCCGUAGUUUGAUGGUCCCAACAUACUUUUACUUUACAAUUUGGGAUGAUUCAGGUCAGUUUAAGAUGUAAACUGUAUUUAAGUGGUGUUUGUUGUGAAAUGAACACUUCAAUGAAAUAGAAACAAACACGAGAUAUAAUAUUUACGUUGAUAGCUAAUAUUAGUGGACUAAUUAAGUUCAAGUUAUAUCGUAGCUAUUAUUUUUUUAUUACCGUUUGUUAUUGUUAAAACAAAAAAGUGUGCAGCUUCACUUAGACUUACUUGGCUGAGCAAUUUAAUCAUAAAUACUCUCAUAAUUAGCUCAUACCCACCGUACAAGGUAACCCCAAAACUACCCGCCGGCACGCGCCGCAAACAUCUCCCAGAUUUUAUAACCCGAAUGUUGGCAGGUCUGGUUUACUCAGACGAUUUAAAAUGAGUCCAUGUCUAAAAAAUUGAUAAUCGUGGCUGUUUUGGCUCCAUUUUUCACAACUGAAGAGGAACUGGAGAAACAUAUCAAUAUAUAGACAAUCCUCACUGCAGGUCAACUUUUAAGAAUAACAGGACACAAGACAAGCAACCAUCAUUGGAAAGUACACACUGUAACAUAUAAUAAGUAUAAGAGGUCAUCUAGAGAGGUAACUAAAAGAGAACACUGUAGACACUCCUGUGAAUCUUUGCUGUGGAAAUCUGUAAAAAGUCGCUCUUGGGUCGCUUUCACACUCGCCUCGUUUAGUCCGGACUUUAGGACUUUUAGGUUUGAUCCGAACCAAAAUUUCAUGUCUGAACUGCCAUUUCCUCCCUCUGAACCGGACUGUGGUUUGAACUUUCAGGUGUGAAAGCGACCUUAAUUUCUUCUAUAGUACGAACUCUGUGGCUGCAGCUACAAGAACUACAUGCAUAGAUAAACUUUGAUAUAGAAGUCACAGGCGAUCUGUCCGCUCCUGAAGGUCCGCUAAUGGCCUCGAUGUAGAUUAGUCUGUUCAUCACACAGGAGCUCUGACUAACACAUGCAUGACUGAGAUCUGUUAAAUGACUCACAAAGAGAUACCACUUGUAGAUCUCCAUAGUAACCGAUCAGAGUAGGAGUGUCUUAUUUUGAGAUUUUUCUUGUUUGAGUUUUUACUUGUUUCGACUCCGCAGAGGAUCGCAGCUCUGAUGGGGAAACCAAUCACGUGGGAGAAGAUCGAGGUUCCGAGGAGGAGGACUAGCCACCUGGGGCAGAGACACUGCGGGCCGGACCCGCCCUCCACUUACACCCACCCAAUCACCAGCCCUACACAGGACAAUGGCCACGCCCUCUCUUCUGAGCCUGUCAAUCAGGAGGCUCAGACCAAGGACCCCGCCCUCUCUCUGCCUCUCGGGCUGCACACACACCUGAAGAGUCAAGAUCCCGAUGAUCUCUCCGCCUGCAGCGACCUGGAGUCCGGAGUGGCCGACCUCAGCAGCCGCUCGUCCAGCGGUGUCGACGAAGGGAAGGACCCAAACGAGACCGCUUCACCUCCGCCUGACUGGAAAUCAAAAGGGAACCACUAAAAACUGUACGACACACCCCUCAAAUAUAUAUUCACGCACCUGGAGGGGAGUGAAGGUGGACCGGACAGGUAAAGAUGGCCGCUGACAGACUGAGAGGCAGGUGGAUUUUUCUCUUCUUUUGAAAGUCUAAAGGGAGUUCCAGUAAACGAGGGAAACACCCUGCUGUCUGUUUUAAGUUCAGCUGAUCAACAAAGGCACUGACGCCACUUAAGUGUUUCGAUUUAACUUUUUUAUUUCCUGUUUAUGUUGCUGAAAGGCUUUUUAAAUAUCCGUCAGUGCUGUUUUUAGCACAAUUACUGUUAUUUGUACUACUGUUAUACUGUGAGAAGGAUGAAUGUUACAUGAAACCAGCCUGAAAAUGUGCGCGGAUCUUCCCUGUCUGUAUUCAAGAGUGUGAGAGCCGAACUAUUAGCUGUACUUUUCCUUUAAAACCCCGCUUCUGCGUGAUAACAGUCCUCGCUUUAGCUGCGAUUUCGACUUGCACAGAAAGUUUUAACGCAGAAAAGAAGAGUGCAAGAAAGUAGGGCCCGACCGAUAUGGAUUUUUUAGGGCCGAUGCCGAUACUGAUUAUUAGGGGGGAAAAAAUCUGAUUACUGAUUAAUCGGCCGAUUUUUAAAAAAUAUAUAGUAUACUGUAGAUAUCUACAUUUACUGUAGGCUACUGCUCUUCACGCCAACAGGAAGACCGACUGAUCAAACUCGGACCAGAAAACCGCUUUCAACUUAGGUAGUAGCUAGGUAGGUAGCUAACUCUAACGUUAGCUUGCAUAUUACAUGGUGUUUCACCGUUAACCCGGCGUGACCGAGACCAGCACAGCGGGGAACAUGGUGAAGUGGGUUGAACUGAAACUUGUUGACUUAUUGUGUAUUUCACAAACUGUUUUUUUUCCCGUUGAGGUGGACCACUCUCCUCCGUGCGUCCCUGAGCUGCCUGCUUCAGAUCCAUUGCUCUGCUGUGCUGUGAGGUAGCUAGUGGAUGAAGAUUGUCAUGAGGUCGCUGCGCCAUCUACAGGAUAAGUCGGGGGAUCUUUUUAAAUGGCGGAAAAUUUCAAAGUGAAACCGAAUCGUAUUCUCCUGAUUUUAUUUCUGAAAAUAUCAGCGAAAAUCUGCGAGUUUUGGCCGAUUACCGGUUGGUAAAUCAGUCGGGCCCUACAAGAGAGUGUAGGAAACCUCUCAAAGCAGAGUCAUAAUACGUGGAGGCGGGGGAUGUUUGAGUGUGUGAGCAGGGUUUUGAUAAAUGUUUCACAAAGUCCAAAAAUAAAGUUGUCAAAGAUCUCCGAUUUAAAAGAAAACACUGCGAUGAAGAAAACAUACAUUGGUUAAACUCUGAUGUUCAGAUUUAAAACCACUCCUACUAGACAAACCUAACAGGGUCUUUAUUUCUAUUUAGAGUAAAAUAAAAUCAUUUACUAGUACCUCUAUCAUUUCCUUUGGGGUACUUUUAAGUUUUGUUUUAAGCAGAUGUUUUCAUUUCCGUUACUUUUAAUUUCAAAGGAAGCUAAUAUGUCGUCACAAAACUGCUGAUUUUCACUUUUUUAUUUUUUUUUAAAUGAGCAGAGUCAUCAGUUCUCAUUUGUACCAUGAGAAACCACAAGCUAAUUUCUGUUAACAAUAAUGUGAAAUCUUCUGUAAACACUGCGAGGUCGAAGAGCUGCUCGUCUUUCAACAAGGAAACUCUAACUGGCAUAAAAGCUUUUCUUUCUAAAUGUUUCUCCAUUCAAACUGUCCCUCAUUAUCUAAGAAGGCUCUGCCACUAGAGGGCAGUAUUUACACUUUUAGAGAUUUUGUGAGAUAAAAUCAAAGACAAGAAUCUAAAAACGCAUACUCUCAUAAAUCAGCUCACAUCAGAUCUAAAAUUUAGUAAUGACAUUGUGAUUCCUCUGUUCUGGGCUCUGAUUGGCUGCUUCCCCCUUUUUCUGAAGCUGGUGAACAAAAUGAUCAUAUUUGUUUAAACUGCAGUCUGAUGCUGUAUAGAUAUAUGAUUUUCUCUCUGCAUGAUACAGAUUUAACCUUAAUUUAACAAACUGUGUUCACAGACAGUCAGUGAUUUUAAGGCCAUGCUAUUACCUCCACUACAGAGUUAUUUCUGAUUUUAGUGCAGUGCUCCUUAAGGAGAAGCACACACCAGUUUAGUAUUUGUUGUGAUAGAUGGGAAACAUACACUGAGAAACAUUUUUUGAAAUACUUUGAAAUUCGUCAUAUUGUGCUUUUAAUUACAUUUUUAGUCACCGUCCCAUCUUUUCGAGGAAACAGGGUCGUACCGCUGCCCUUCAAACAAUGAUGCAGUGAUACGUUUUCAUUUGGACACCAUGGUUAAACUCCUGACUUCGUGUUUUAACUCCAAUCUUAAAUGUUUUUACCUGAUUGGGUCAUUUUGGCAUUUAUUCCAUGUGAAGAAAUCAUAUUCAUCCCAGAGUGACUGAACUUGACUUUUAAACAUGCCAGUAUUUCUCAUGUUAUCGUUCACUGCACAAUACUGUGAGACUGUCCUCAUGUUUAAUGAAAUAACACUAGAUUUGCAGUCUGAAUGCAGAAUUUAUAUCCCACUUAAAAUUUUUUAAACUAGAGAAAAGGACAGAGACGAAGAAAAUGUGAAAAGAUUUAAACGUUUACAAGCCAGUGCUGAAACACAGUCUUUUAUUUUUGUCUUUUUGAGUGCAAUAUGUUAUUUAAAAGUUGUUUUUUUAUGUUUUUUGUUUUAUUUUGACUGUACAUCAGUGUUUAUAUCUACAGAUAAACACGACUUAACCUCAGAGGAACCAAAUCACUCAGAAUUUUAAGUUACCAUCCAGGAACUCGUAAAGUUUCUCUUAAUUUCGUACACUAUGAUAGACUGAUAUGUGUUCUAAGAAGUUAAGAACUGUUUUCUUUCAGGGUUAUUUUUUUCUACUUCAUACGUUCCUGCUCAAGCUGCAAAGUGUUUGAAAAAAGACCAAAACAUGUUAGUUAAAGACUCUGCGUAGGGAUCUAUUAGAAUCGACCACAUUACCGACAUAUUUAGAGAAAAAAAAGUGUUACGAUGGUGAACGUAAACCUGAAAGUAAAGGGGGGCUCAGGCUUCAUGUACUUCUUUAAAGACUGAUUGUUUUAAAACACACGCUGGUUUAGUUAUGAAGUUUUUCUCUCCACUGUUGAGCAGUGAGAAGUCCAGUUUUAAAGCCUGAACUUGUUGUGUACACUUCAUGUCAAUUUGGCCAAAUUAAGAGAAAAAACAAAAGAUUUGCUCUCGAUUGUUUAGAUUUAAAAAAGGUGGUUAAACAAACUUGUUUAAGGCUGAGAAAAAAACAAGUGUGAUGGCAACCGAGGGCUGAAGGUCUUAUCUCUUUAACUUGUAAAUUUCACUGUAGCCUGUGGUGUGUUUGUGUGUAUGUUCUGUAGUCACUGAUGUAAAUGAUCUAUCAAUAAAUGCACCGUUAAAGGGACAAAAACAGCAA